GAAGUUAAACGAAUCAUCGGACCAUAGCGGACUAUGGCGUCUUGGAUGAUUGAGAAAGUUUAACGAUGGACAAAGUUAACACUGUCUAUAAAUCUACAAAGUGAUGCUUUAAUUGUAUCAACAGAAAGAAUUAAUGUAUAUUAGAAGAGGCGGAUUUCAAAAUUUAAUAGGACGAGCGCAUCGUUAAACCAAUGAAAUCCGGUAUGUUUUCCCUUCAGGGUGGAAGAUUUCUGGCCGAGAGAGCGUUUUGUUUGGUUUUCUUGAUACAACUUUGUUUUAUUGGUUAUUGCGUAUGCGCACCAUGUAAGUCCGGUUUUGUCAGAGUUGGAAGGUGGUGCUUCUUAGUACACACAGAACCCGAUACUAUGAACAACAGUGUGGCAGUUUGUCAGCAACUGGGCGGAUCCAUGGUCGUGAUUGGCAGCGCAGAAAAGGAAAAAGCGUUGACGUCAUAUAUUGUGGAGAACGAGCUUCUUGUUAUGACGGACCAAAGACUGAACCUGUAUAAAGAUCUAGAGGUCAUUAUGAAUGGAGACGAUGAAAUGGACAAGUUUUGUGAGGAUUACAUGAUGUAUGGCAGGGAAAGCAAAACAUAUAAGCACUUCAUAAACAAUGAGAUUCCUUUAGGGUCACGACCCGAGGACCGAGCCAACCUGACAACCCCUGAUGGAUUCAAGGUCGCACUGUCCUCCAUCCCCGGGGCCGGUAUGGGGGCGUGGACCCACAUCCCACUGUCUAAAUACACGAUCCUGGGGUCGUACGAAGGACUAGUGAGGACAGACGUCAGCGAUAAGGACCCGUACUCCUGGGUGGUUGAAAAAUUACAAGGAAACGGAACUUACGUCAUAGACGCCAUGCCACUUGACAGCAGUAAUUGGUUGCGUUAUGUUAAUUCUCCACGUAACUACAAAGAAGAAAAUGCACAGGCGGUACCUUGUGCUGGCCUGAUUUUCUACAUGACAAUAAAGGAAGUACAUCCGGGUUCUGAGCUGAUGGUGUGGUAUGGAGACAGUUAUGGCCUCCAUCUUAACGUCAGCAGAAUACAUCCGGAACACGAUUUAAACGGAACAGUGGUGUUCCGCGUCAAUAUCCUCCACAUCUUAGAUAAAUAUGGCGACGUGCUGGCGUUUGAUGACGGCACCAUUGUGACGUAUGACAACUGGAUUGAGGACCUGACGUAUAAUGUUGUAGAUAGGAAAUUCGGACUUCUUCUGUCAUAUGACGUCAAAAGAAAACGAUGGAGGUGGAUUCCGGAAAGGAAUUAUUCGUAUUUUACGGAUAAAAAUGGACUUUAUCUCCCUUUUGUGUGCGAAGAUAGAGAUUCUGAAAUUCCAGACGGAUGAAUUUGUUAUCUUUUAAUUAGUAAAAGAAAUCUCAAUGGAAAAGUUAUCUUUCCUAUAAUUUAACAUUCGUGGUGCUUAUUUUUGAAAUAACAUCAUAAUAAACGACUAUUAUAUUAUAAGACAUAUUCAGACUGACUGUGAACUUCCAAGAAAAGUGAAUUCUUGCGCGUUGAUAUUUCUUAGGUCUAUAAAAGAAAUAAUGUGCAUCUUUCGUUUGAUGUAA